AUAAUUCAAAAAAAAAGCUUCAGAUGAUGAUCUGACUCUGAUUGGAAAAACCGACCGGUAAGCUAGCUGCUUAAUUGCUCCGGUGGUAAGUUCCUUCACUCCAGCGGUUGAGCCGCCUCUCAAAUUCUCUCUCGCCUCCCUUGACGAUCUAUCUCGCUCGUCAUCUCCAUUUCGAUCUCUCCGCCGGACGCCGACUCUAGCCGCUGGUACCGGUACCGGUACAGGAAGAUGUUACGACGUCUUUUGAUUACUUUCGUUGUGGUGGUUUCAUGGAACCUUGGUGUUAUAGAUGCCAGUGCUGGUGAUGCCGAUCCAAGAUACAGGGCUUGUGUGAAAGAGUGUAAAGAAACUGGAUGUGUUGGGGAAAGAUGCUUUUCAUACUGCAAGCUCUCUUCCAAUGAUGCCACCAUUGAUGGUCCUUGGUAUAUCCAAGAACCUCUUUAUUUGAGGUGGAAACAAUGGGAUUGCCAAAGUGAUUGUCGUUACAAUUGUAUGAUUGAUAGAGAGAAAGAAAGAGAAGCUCUUCUUGGCUCUGCUCCUCUCAAAUAUCAUGGUAAAUGGCCCUUCAAACGUGUAUAUGGGAUUCAGGAACCUGCUUCUGUUAUUUUCUCUGCUCUGAACCUUGCAAUGCAUUUUCAUGGCUGGCUAUCUUUUUUCAUUCUUUUAUAUUAUAAGUUGCCUUUGAAGGAAGAUAAGAGGGCAUACUAUGAGUUUUCCGGUUUUUGGCAUAUCUAUGGGCUCUUAACAAUGAACUCUUGGUUUUGGAGUGCUGUUUUCCAUUGUCGAGAUGUGGAGCUAACGGAGAAGCUGGACUAUUCAUCGGCAGUGGCAUUACUUGGUUACUCUCUUAUUGUGGCCAUAGUAAGAAGUUUUAACGUGAGGGAUGAAGCUGCCAGAGUCAUGGUUAUGGCCCCAGUGCUUGCAUUUGUAACCACCCAUAUAAUGUUUCUGAAUUUCUACAAAUUAAACUAUGGGUGGAACAUGAUAGUUUGUGUCUUCAUGGCCGUGGUGCAACUACUUAUCUGGGCAACUUUUGGCAGUGUAACUCGCCAUCCAUCUCGCUGGAAGUUGUGGCUGGUGGUAGUGGCAGGUGGUCUAGCAAUGCUUCUAGAAGUCUAUGAUUUUCCUCCAUAUCAAGGGUAUGUGGACGCCCAUGCUCUCUGGCAUGCCACCACAGUCCCGCUAACUUACAUGUGGUGGAGUUUUGUCCGAGAUGACGCUGAAUUUAGAACCACAAAUCUGCUGCUGAAGAAGGUAAAGUAGUUUGUUUUGAAUAUGAGAAUGUUAUGGCCUUGUAAUUUUUUGCCCUUUCUAUUUUUUCAAUUUCUUUCGAGAUUAGUUUGUUUUCUAUUUGAUUUAACCCAACCAAGAUUAAGAAUGAAGAGUUUUUAAUGGCAUUCUAAUUAAUGGUUUUGUAUGUGAAAAAAAAAAACAUUAUGUUGGA